AUGUCUCUCAUGGGCUUUGGAAAAGCUAAUCCAAAACUUGUUGUAAUAAAAGACCCGAAUAGGGCCUUGUAUGAUUUAAGAAGUAAAGUGAAGUUAACAUGCGGCUUCCUUAACGCUAGCGCGGUUAACAUCACAUCAAAAAUACUGAGCGGAGAGAGUUAUUAUGCUGGCUAUAAAAUAAAAUGGAAGAAACGUUAUCCAAAUAAAUCAAGGACAUGGCAGACAGACGAGCGCUCCGUAGAUAUCGGUCCACUGGAUUCCGAUGAACAAUGGGAGUGUAAAGUUACCCGUGAAGCGGUUGAAUAUCAAGCUUCUUAUACGGUUGACAUAAAAGUCAGAGCCCAAUUCAAACCUAAAAUUUUUAUCCCGAACUACAAAGAGGUGAUCGCUAUUAACGAGAAAGAAAGUUUUUCGCUAUCGUACAAUGUAUCAUCUUACCCAUAUUCUGCGAUCAAUUGGUCAAGAUCUGAAGACAAUGGGAAGUAUGAAAAAAUAUAUUCCUGUCCGGGGUCAGAUAGCCGAGCCAAAUACAACGUGUCCUACAUUAUUGAUGCAAGCAACAAAAAGGGAAAAAAUUCAAGAAAAUUUCAUUUACAAGUCUUGGUGAAACCUGAGAUACAACUUCAGCCGGUAGAUGUCUUCAGGAAAGGAAUGAUUAUUGACUGUAAAUUGGCGAGGGCGAAUCCAUCGGAGGUUACAUAUACCUGGGAAUCGUGUGCCAACUGCGAUAAAGAUGAAAACGCACGGUGGAAAUUUAUAUCACGUGAUAGGUCGUUAAGAAUAGAGAACCAAUUGUUAUCUAAGAUGGAGUAUCGAUGUACUGUGGCAAAUGCCGCUGGCGAGAAUUCUGCAAAAACAACUGUUGUCAAGGAUCCAGAAAGUAUCUCCUCUACAACGACAGGAUCGAUGAAAAUUUUAAUAUUCACUCUUGUUCCAAGUGGGAUGGUAAUAAUGGUCAUCGUGAUUGCGAUAAGUUUUGUGUUGUACAAAAGAAAGAAAAUUUAUGGUGGUUUUUACCUCUUCUCAUAUCCUCCCAUACCGGACUACUUAAAGGACUUGGAUGUAAAUGGAAAUAUUCAGGAACAGCUUCAAAAACUGCCAUUUAUACCUGAAUGGGAGUUUCCAAGAGAAAAGAUAAGUUUUUUAAGUGAACUUGGCUCUGGUGAAUUUGGAGUAGUUUGGCUUGCAGAAGCAACUGGUAUAUCUGCGUUUCAUCCACGAGAUAUUUUAAAAGAAAGAGAAAGUCGACGAAGGUUUUCCCUUUUCAGUCGAACGUCAAAAAGAAAUAAUUACGUCUAUUGCAAAAAAUUGACUAAAGUUGCUGUUAAAAGACUCAAAGGCAAAAGUUCAAACCUGUGGAUAAUAAUGGAGUACUGUCCAUAUGGAAAUCUCAGAGAAUUCUUACGAAGCAGCCGCAGCAGAUACAACAUGGAGGAAGAUUCUCUGACAGCAGACCUUUCCCAAGUUAUAGGACCGAAAAAUUUAAUAUACAUUGCUUGGGAAAUUUCAAAGGGAAUGAGUUUUUUGAUUUCGAGAAAGAUUAUUCAUCGCGAUCUAGCCGCAAGGAACAUCCUACUUGGACAGGGAUAUACAGCAAAGGUUGGAGACUUCGGGUUGGCCAGAGAUAUCUAUAAAUAUCAAGAAUACUUAAAAAAAUCAUCGGGAUUGGUUCCUCUAAAAUGGAUGGCAAUUGAAUCAAUUAGAGAUUCAAUAUACACGGAGAAGACAGAUAUGUGGUCAUUUGGUAUUUUACUUUGGGAAGUUUUCACGUUAGGUGGAACACCUUAUCCAGGAAUGGAUGUUAAUGACGUAUAUCAAUCAUUGUUGAAUGGAAAACGAAUGGAACCACCUAUGCAUUGUCCGCAAGAAAUGUAA